GUCUCUGCACCCGCAGCUAGCGCAUGGUCCGGGGAGCUUGGAGCUGCAUAGCACCAAAGCUCCUCCGACUAUCGCAGAAACGGCCACAAAGGAGCACGGAUACACCGCUUUACUUUACAUUCUUAAUUCAGGAAUUACAGUCGCACCAGCGCUUUUUGAUUUUUCAAACAGAAAAUACCGUAUCCGCUUGUUCAAUGUCACCAUGCUCAUCAUCUCAUCUCGCAAUGCUCUGCUGUCAGUCUACUACCCACAGAUCUUCCUCAUCCUCUCCAGCGGUAGCUACCUGGCCCUCUCCUCAGUGGUUGCUCUGGGUGCCAACAUCAUCUGCAAUAAGAUCCCUGGCCUAGCCCCCCGUCAAAGAGCUAUCUGCCAGAGCCGCCCCGAUGCCAUCAUCGUCAUUGGCGAAGGUGCCCAGCUGGGAAUCAACGAGUGCCAAUACCAAUUCCGCUACGGGCGCUGGAACUGCUCUGCCCUCGGAGAGAGGACCGUGUUCGGCCAAGAGCUGAGAGUAGGCAGUAAGGAGGCUGCGUUCACAUAUGCCAUUACUGCUGCUGGGGUGGCUCACGCAGUGACUGCGGCCUGCAGCCAGGGAAACCUCAGCCACUGUGGCUGCGACCGUGAGAAGCAGGGCUACCACGACCAGGAGGAGGGCUGGAAGUGGGGCGGCUGCUCGGCCGAUGUCAAGUACGGCGUGGAGUUCUCCCGCAGAUUUGUGGACGCUCGCGAGAUUAAAAAGAACGCACGAAGGCUGAUGAAUCUUCACAACAAUGAGGCGGGGAGGAAGGUUCUGGAGGAACGCAUGAAGCUGGAGUGCAAAUGUCACGGCGUCUCGGGCUCCUGCACCACCAAGACAUGCUGGACAACGCUGCCCAAAUUCCGCGAGAUUGGCUACGUGCUGAAGGAGCGCUACAGCGCAGCGGUGCAAGUGGAGGCGGUCCGGGCCACGCGCCUACGGCAGCCCUCGUUCCUGCGCCUCAAACAGGGCCGCGGCUACCAGAAGCCCACGGUGGCCGACCUGGUGUACCUGGAGCGCUCGCCCAGCUACUGCGAGGAGGACGCCAGCACGGGCAGCACGGGCACUCGGGGACGCCUGUGCAACCACACGUCGCCUCACACGGACGGCUGUAACCUCAUGUGCUGCGGCCGGGGACACAACACCCACCAGUACACCCGCGUGUGGCAGUGCAACUGCAAGUUCCAGUGGUGCUGCUUCGUCAAGUGCAACACGUGCAGUGAGAGAACAGAGGUGUUUACCUGCAAAUAAGGAAGAGUGGGAGGAGGAGGGCCAAUCCAUGAGCCACCAAAACUGAGGAUGAGGAUGAAAAAGAAAGUAGUGGAGGAAGUAAGAAGGAGACGACUUCUUUAAUGGCUUCAUUUUGCACAUAAUAUACUCUUUUAGGGGGAAGGACAGCAUGGUUUUAGAAAAUCGGUUCCUUCAAAUAAACUGUCUGUAAUGCAAAUUACAAUUUAGGCCACCAAUGAAAAUAUAUGUUGUGAAACAUAUAACAAAGAAAGACGAAACAGAUCAAAAUCUCCUGCAAUGUGGAUGUUACUCCCUGCGGGAAAAGAUUCCAAUUAUGGGACAAAUCAACUAUGUAGGAGAACCUAUUCAAACUGGAAUGUCUGUUCGGAGCUGUGGCCAUGGUGAAUGCCAUUUGCAAAUGGAUGGACUGCGAGAUGACAGUUAUGAGCUGCUGACUGAGAAAUGGCAAUAUAUUUCAGUGGUCAAGUCGCACUGUAUCUGUUUGAACACUGAAGAUGAUUUAUGUCAUAGCUAGGAUCUUUCCCUUCAUGCAUAGAUUCUGGACAUUAGGCACUGAACUGGUUAUUUUAGGUUUGACCUCUGAAAACUGAUUUCACUGCUACUCAGCUGCCAAUAUUAAGCAACACCUAAUGACAACAUUCUGUUAACAAUACAACUGUUUUUCAACUGAUAACUCACAUAUACAGUCUACAGCCAAACUUACAGCUUAUGCCUUUUAGACCAUAUCCCAAGAUGUUAAGACAUCAGAACCCAUAGCUUCAUGAUUUAUUUAAGUGAUAUUUUCAGCAAGUUGGUGCUCUUUGGGUAUGACCUUUGGAGCUUACUUUUGUCUCUGUGAGGCCACAAUGAACUGGAUGGACAUGCAAUGUUACCAUACACAGAACAUUCCCACGAGUGCCAGAGACAUGGAAUUCCACUUCACUGGUCCUGCUUGUAAAAAAUCUUUCCAGGGGAGUUGACUUCUGCCUGAGCUGAUGGAAUUUGCCUAACCAUACAGCUGAGGUCUGACAGGGUUAAAGGUCAUCAAGCUAUUUUGGGCAUCAUUUUUAUUCAGAAUUGUUUAUAUGAGUUUUAUAUGAAUAUAAAACUAUGGCAAAUUUAAAAGUAUAUUUUUAUAUGUAUAAGAUAUGGCACUUUUUGCCAUGCAUUAUUACUAUUUCCUUAUCCUCAUUGUUCUACUAAUUUCAUAGUAUGUUACUAUUGAAUAUCUGUCCCAGACAAAAUGUAUGUAAACAUUGUUUUCUGAGUAUCCCAGGUUCUUCCUCUAUUUUAAACUCCUCAUAAUGAUUUUUCCUGCUUUUGUAGCCUGGUUGUAUUUUGUUCAUUGCAUCAGUCCAGUGUACUUCUGUAUUCACAAAACUGAUUGGCAAAAAUGUAAAAGACAAAGUCAGUAACUACUGGAGGUUUGCUGCUGACUAGGUCAAAAUUGUUUACGUACUGUACAAAGUACAUGAUCAGACAAUAAAAUAU